GCGCCAUAGGCUUUCUGCAUAUACUUGCUGUUCCCUAAAUCUUUAGUAAUUCAACUUCGCCGUUAUUCAAAAUGGGCCUGAAGGAGGACUUCGACGCGGCGGCCAAGGAGGCAACCGACAACCUCCCCAACACCCUCAGCAAUGACGAGAAGCUGGAGCUGUACGCGCUGUUCAAGCAGGCCAACGAGGGUGACUGCAACACCGCCCAGCCCGGCAUCUUUGACCCCAAGGGCCGCGCCAAGUGGAGCGCCUGGAACGCGAAGAAGGGCCUGGGCAAGGAGGAGGCAAUGCAGAAGUACAUCGACUACGUUGCCUCCCUCAAGGCCAAGCACGGUACCAAGUAGAUUGAAGCAGGAUGAUACAGAUGUGGAUUGUUGGGGCUGACUGAAGCAGGUGGUGCUGCUGACGCCGGGAGGAGGCGGAUGGGGCGGCGGUCGCAUGCGCCGGAGUCAGCGGCUGCACGCAGCUCCGCGGCGGCGUGGGUUGUGUUGCGAGUCGGUGCCAGAAUGUGUUUGAGAGCGGCACGCUACACUAAACAUGUGAGUUUAUUCAGUUUAGGCAAAGAGAACAGGCGAUUGAUUGUGUUGGGAGUGUAACGCCUUUGGAGGCCCAA